GGAGACUGCUAAAAUCCUAUGAUUCUCAUAAUUCCGUUUGAUUAAACGUUGUCAGAGAAAGUGAUACAGAGACAAAGACAAAGAUGGGUCACAGAGAAAGCGUCAGGUUUGAUCUGUGUUCAAAAUGGUAUAUAAUAAUUUUGAUGCUUAUGCACUUGAUUAUUUUAGCUGCUGCUUCGAUCCAUGAAUACCAAGACGAUUCGUUUAUUCGUCGUUCCAAUUCCUUCUUCUUCCAUGGAGGAAGUGAAGGUCUCUAUGCUUCCAAACUUGACUCUGAUGAUGGCAAGUCUGCUUCUGAAGAUAAGCCCCUCAUUGGCAAGUCUUUCAUCAGGUUUGAAUCGAUCAUCUUCCGAAGAACCAAGGAAUCUGCUGAAAAGAAGAAUGAGAUGCAGCAGAGGACUGGGUUGGUUGAGGCUAUUGUACUCGAAGUUAGGGACCGGGAGAAGAUUGGAGGUUCUUAUUUGAACUCUGAGGCAAUAUGCUGCACCCCAGAGCUAUCCAAGGAUGGUUCCUGCAAGGUUGGAGAGGUUAUCAUCCAACAAAACCCAGACAACCCUGAUGGGCCAAAAAGGAUGCAGACCUUCUUUGAGGGGAAAAAUGAAGAGGCUAACAUGGAUAUCCAAACUAUUGAGAUCAACAGCACUGGAAUGUACUAUCUCUAUUUUAUGUUCUGUGAUCCAGAACUUGUGGGCACAUUAAUCAGUGGAAGAACGGUUUGGAGGAACCCUGAUGGUUAUUUACCUGGAAAAAUGUCCCCACUGAUGACAUUUUUUGGCCUAAUGUCUUUAGCUUACCUUGUCCUGGGUCUUCUCUGGUUUCUCCGCUUUUUACAGUAUUGGAAAGAUAUAAUACAAUUGCACUACCACAUCAGUGCUGUAAUUGGUCUUGGAAUGUGUGAAAUGGCCCUUUGGUAUUUUGAAUACGCAAAUUUCAAUUCCACUGGAACCAGACCAAUGGGAAUCACCAUAUGGGCAGUAACCUUCAGUGCUGUUAAAAAAACUGUCUCCCGGCUUCUUCUUCUGGUGGUUUCAAUGGGCUAUGGUGUUGUGCGGCCAACUCUCGGUGGUAUAACCUCGAAAGUACUUCUUCUUGGCGUGACAUAUUUUGUAGCAUCAGAAGCACUUGAGCUUGUUGAACAUUUGGGGAACAUCAACGACUUUUCUGGAAAAGCAAGGCUUUUUCUGGUGUUACCGGUUGCUCUCUUAGAUGCCUGUUUUAUUCUUUGGAUCUUUUCAUCGUUAUCUAAAACUUUGGAGAAGCUUCAGAUUCGAAGAAGCAUGGCCAAACUUGAGCUGUACCGGAGGUUUACUAAUUCCCUUGCAGUAUCAGUGCUGCUCUCUGUUGCUUGGAUUGGUUAUGAGUUGUAUUUCAACGCGACUGACCCAUUGAGUGAACUGUGGCGAAGAGCCUGGGUCAUCCCAGCUUUCUGGACUCUGCUUGCGUAUUUGCUGUUGGUGGUGAUAUGUGCUCUUUGGGCUCCAUCUCAUAAUCCAACUGGAUAUGCAUACUCGGAAGAGACUGGGGAUGACUUUGACGAGGAGGGUAUCUCGCUAACCGGAAGCGGAAUUAAGGUGGCCGGCGGUGACUUGGCAACCAAGCUAGAAAGAAAGGAAAGGAAGGCAUCAAGUGCAGCAGAGCAUCACGUGUUUGGGCUUGGGGAAGAUCUAGAGGAGGACAAGAGAGAAUAAUCAAUGACCCUCUUUUCUUCCUGUGUUCUUUUUGAGUCUCUCUGGAUACCAAAUAUUCAUAGGCAGGAAUAUGUCUUUACUAUACUGUCAUACCUCUUGUGUCCCUUGUAGAAAGAAAGGUCUAAAAGAGAAAGAAAAAAAGGGUGAAAAAGAGAAGAGGAAGGAACUGGUGGGGUUGCAUUAGAGAAAGCUAGUAAAUUUGGGGAAGAAAUUAGACAAAAGUUAGGUACUCACGUGAACUGCUGGUUAAGUAGGCUAAAGUGAUAUGAGUAUUUCCUUCGGCAA